ACACUCGUAUAGCUUGCAUGCAAUAAUAAGAAAAAAAUUGCAAGAAUGACUACUUCAAAGGAAUUAAAUUUAGCUAGGAAGAGCCUCGUGGCAUCGCUUGGUGAAAAUGCAAAAGUGUAUUUCGAAAAGAUGAAACUAUGGUUCCAAAUGAAGACUACAAAAGAAGAAUUUGAUUGCGAAGCACGUAAUCUUAUGACAGAGGAUCAAGUCCAUUUGCACAACGAGUUCUUGCUGUGUCUCUUUAAUAAGGUUCGUGGAUUAGCUGCCGUUACACCAACCAAAAUAGAGAGGGAUAAAAUUUCAAAAGAGAGAAGACUGAGAUUAAAACGCAAAUACAAGACUGACAAAUCAAACUUUGAGCCAGCAGAUAUGUACGUGGAAGUAUUGGGUCAAGCUUCAUCGCCUGUCAGAGACGAGCCUAUAGGCGCCAAUCGCUCUAGCGCCCAAGAACUCGUAUUACCAGAUCGCACUUUUGUACUAGCUCGAUUAAUGCUUGCUGCGUGGGAAAAUAAUAUGGACGGGGCUGAAGAAAAUACCGCGCACAUUGUUAUAGCAGCGACACAAAUUUUCUUGAAAAAUAUUCUUACUGCAAUUUUCACACGUAGGAAAGGCUAUGCUGUUCGAGACGGCACUUUCAUUUAUAAUAUAGGAGAACCAGUACCUAGUUCGUGGAAACGAAAUUCCAUGUACAUAAAUUCACACAAUUUUGGACCGACAGAAGUAAUAGAUACUUAUGGCCAAAUUCCUGCAUCAAAAUCAAGUUUUGAAGAAGCUGAACAAACUACUGCUUUUUCAUAUGCUUGUUCCACACAAAUCACUCGUCUACCGUUAAAACCAGUAAGCACGGCCGAUUUGCAAUAUGCAUUAAAGAUUUAUAAAAAUCUCGUUAGUAAUCACACUAUAUAUGCUACGAAUAUGGAGCGAUUAUAUACGUAUGCUACUCAUCCAACUUGGGAGGAUUUAGAGGCAAAAAAGUUAUUGUGUCAACCAUCAACAUGAAGGAUUCUCAAUAUGGUUCUAAUAUUAUAUCUAUUUAAUGUUGUAGUUCUUUA